CCCAGAAGGCUGCAGCGUGCUGGGCAAAGCAUUUCGAGGUGGGUGGAGCGUUGCAAGAGUCGUUCAGCUGACCUAGAUUUCAUCAAGCAUUGCAUUUGACCACUCCGAUCUAAAAUCUUUGUAGCCAUGCUGGCGAAGGUGAUGACCCGAGGGAGCUCAACAUUGUUGGGUUCCGCAUCGUCUGUGGCUCCCAGCAAGGAGACGCCAGUAACGCCAUUCUUGGGGACGUCGGUACCCUCAUUGUCGACCGGAGCACUCAAAAAGAACCCCCAAUGCAACCUUGCAAUGAGCGCUACCAAGGCAAGCCUGGGAGAUUCCCUGAGCAAGGUCAAGGCCGCUGUGGGCACCGGACUGACCGCCUUAGCCCUGUCGGCCGUGAUGAAUUUCGGCCCAUCAGUGGCCCCCUCGGAAGCCAGCGAGUUCAACGUCUUGAACGAAGGCCCACCCACGGAGAACUUCGUGGUAGACGACGCCAACGUGCUCAACCGCGUCACCAAAUCCGACUUAAAGCGUUUGUUGCGCGAUGUCGAGGAGCGCAAGGGCUACCACAUUAACAUCAUCACCCUGAGGAAGCUCACCAGCAAAGCUGAUUCUUUCGAAUUUGCGGAUGCGAUCCUGGAAAAAUGGUACCCAACCCUGGAAGAGGGAAACAACAAGGGAAUCGUCCUGCUCGUGACCACCCAGAAGGAGGGAGCUGUUACAGGAGGGCCGGCUUUCACGCAAGCAGUGGGUGACAAGAUUCUGGAAGCCGUGACAGCUGAGAAUCUACCCGUCUUGGCAACCGACGAGAAGUAUAACGAAGCCAUCUACAGCACUGCGAAGCGUCUGGUGGCAGCCAUCGACGGUCUUGAGGACGUUGGCGGGCCUAGCUUUAAGGAGAACAAGCGAGAGUCGAACUUCAAGAGCAAAGAAGAGACGGAAUCGAAACGAGGUCAGUUCUCGCUCGUAGUCGGAGGCCUGCUUGUCAUUGCCUUUGUAGUGCCCAUGGCUCAAUACUAUGCGUACGUCUCCAAGAAGUAGAUAGUGUUCGUAUCUACACCAUCUGCUUAUGUAACACCUUCAUAACUCCAUAACAUGGCUAUUUUUUUCAACUCA